GAAAAGAAGGAGCUGUGACCCCAGCAGAGACAGAAGUUCAAGGGGAUGUUUCUGGGGCAGACCUCCUGGUCCUGAAGCUGCCGCCUGCCUCGCUCGCUGAGCAUUUUUACUCCGGAGCGAAGGCCACUCACAGGGAGAGAUGCUGACGCCCACCCACUUCCUGAUCUUGCUGCUGCUGCUGCUCCCAGGGGCCCCCCGGCCAGGCCUCUCCCAGAAGCUCCACCGAGCCAGGUCCUUCUUCAGCUGUGUCAACACAGCCCUGUCGGAGGUCAGGAAGAGCCCACUGAAGGUUCCACCAACGCUGAGCAAGAGACCCUUCGCCUACCUGCCCAGCCAAGACCCCUCCUCAGGAGAGGACAAGGAGAAGGAGGAGGAGGAAGAGGACAAGAAGAAGAGGACCUUCCCAGGCUCUGGGGCCGGCAGUGGAGCGGGAAGCGCCCGGUACAAAUACGUGCCCCCAGCUCAGCUCAAGGGGAGGGUGUACCAGGACAAGGCCAAGAGUGACCGGCGCACCAAGUUCACGCUGUCCCUCGACGUCCCCACGAAUAUCAUGAACGUCCUCUUCAACAUUGCCAAGGCCAAGAACCUGCAGGCCAAGGCAGCCGCCAACGCGCUCCUGAUGGCACAGAUUGGGCGUAAGAAGUAGAAACAGAGGCCAGCAGGAGGGACGGCGCACAUCAAGGACAGGGACGGAGGUCGGGGUGGAGGGUGAGGGGCUGCCAAUUUGGCCGGUUUGUAUUUUGAGGGAUGGGUCUGGUUCUCCAGGCUGCUUCACUGCUCAGACCCUCUGCUCCCUUCCUGCCUCCAGCCCAGCCCCAUCCUCUGCACACAUGUACACGAGUGCAGUACUGUCCCAACUGCGCAGACGUGAGGCCGUUCAUGUCUCUCCCUAGAUUCUGCGUCUCCUUCCUCCUUCCCCGUGACGAGAGGCAAAGGUCCUGCCGUCCUGCUCUCCACGAUCUUCCUCCAUGACCCAUGCCUGGGAAGGGGGUGCAAAGUGCUCCUUCCUGCCCAUACACCACCCCACCCACGCCUCACCAUCCUGACUUCAGAUCCCUUCCCUUCCCCCUCGGCCCCAUUAAAAGCGAUGGCUU